AUGCACAAAACUAAUGACGGUAAACAUGGUAUAAAUACCAUCAAAGCUGACUGUCCAGACAACUGGAUCAAGCAUAUUGGACAAUGCUACUUAUUUGUGGACCACACAACGUUAGACUGGAAUGACACUUUUAACUUCUGCAAAAAUUUUGAUUCUGAGCUUGCUGAAGUAGAGACGGCAAUUGAAGAAAACUUUUUAGAGCAGCAUGUGAGACAACUAGGAAAAGGAAUUGGAUUCUGGCUUGGUGGGAGUGACAUAAUUUUAGAGGGAGAAUGGAUGUGGAUGACAAGUAAGACACUUCUGAGUAUGGCGUACACGGCCUGGAAGCCAGGAGAGCCUAAUAAUGAAGGAAACAACGAACAUUGCUUGGAAAUACAAUGGAACAGUUUUCUUUGGAAUGACACACCAUGUGAUCAACAACGUCAUUUUAUUUGUGAAAGAGCAUCUCAUCCCGGGGGUGAUGUAAUCGGCUGAUUGGUUUCAACACCAAUAAUCAAAAUGUUCAUUGU